AUGAAACUGACAAAGAUAUCCAUAGUUACAUUGCUGCCUAUAGCGCUCUGUAUUACCGUUCCUGAAGCAAACAUCAGAAUAGAGAAAGAUAUUGGACUAGAAGGACUGAAUAGUUUAGGCCUUUUUUCAGAGCUUACAGUUGAGCAAGGACUGGCUCUUUUCUUUAAAGAAGCUCAUAGGGUAGCCAAUAAAGCUAUUCAAAGUCAUGCUGAAGCAUUAGGCAUAGAAGGAGGUCCUCAUAAUCUGUCUGAGCUAUUUGAAAGCAUAUUUUCAAAUGAAGCUAUCAGUGCUGCUCAAUCUGUCAAUGUCACAGGCACAAAUCCGUUUACCAGCUUGUUUGAUCAUCCCAAAAAUGCUACAACAACUACUUCUUCUUCCCUUGCUAGCGGUUCAUCUAUGCUAACGACAGAUUUAUUUGCUAUCCUGUUUGCUGAUCUUGGAAAUAGCGCAAAUAAUCAAAUUUCUUCAACUGCUGGUAGCCCAACUAUGUUCAUCAUGGAUUCAAUCGCCGGAUUGGCCGGUAGUUUAGACAGACUUAGUAACAUUACCAGCACUACUCUUUUAACUACCAACACUCCCAUCCUAACGAAUCCCCUUUUUGAUUUACUGAAUGGUAUCACCAAUGGUCUCGGUGGUCUGACAAACAAUAUUCUUGGAGAACUAGUUAAUGCAACAGCCGGUCUAUUGGGUGGUAUUUUAGGGAUAGACAUGAAAAAUGGUACUGGAGGCCUUGGGACUAUUUUGGGUGGCGGUUUAAACAGUACCAAUGCUACCAAUACAGUUAUUGAAGAUAUACUCAACACUACAAAGAGUGUUUUGGAAAGUACGUUAAAUAAUACCAGCAUGGAUAGCCCUUUUGGUGAUUAUGGAAGUGUCAUUGGAGGUGCUGCAAAUAACACAAUCACCACUGUGAGUGAUGUAAUCGACACUGUAUCUAGCGCUGUUGAGAUUAUCUUUAGCGAUUCUGACGGAAAUAAGUACAAUGUACCUGUUAUUACUUCUGCAAAUGAUUUAGAUGACAUGUUGAAUGACGCUCUCAAUUGCGUUGUAACUAUUACAGAUACCAUAUCGAACAAUACAACCAGUUUGGAAAAUGCUAUUGGUAACCCAUUCAGCCAUACAAUCGACCUUUCCAGCCCUGUAGACAGCGUUAUUGAAGGUACCACUAAAACCUCUUUUUUUAUUAGUCCCUUAGUUGUCCCUGCUCUGAUCGCUUCUCUUUUGGGCCAAAUUGCAAAUAAUGCAAACAAUAGCAUCCUAAAUGCCAAUACUCUAAAAGCUCUCACUGAAUUUAUUAAUGGUAUUAUCAAUAGUGCUCAAAAUAGCUCUGUUCCUAUCGUAUCACUGAUAGAUGCCAUUACCCAAGCCAUGUCUAGGAUGACUGGCAGUGAAAAUCCGCUUGGCUCUUUUCUUCAAGACCUUGUAGCCUUUAUAUUUCAAAAUCAAGCUGGUAUUUUGUCCAAUAUUAUACAAUUUGGUAGCUUCUUUGAGCCAAUCAGUCGUGCCAUUCUCUCUUUGAUUUCUGGUAUUACUACUAGUUUCAAUCCGCAUGUUCAAGACACCCUUCACAACAUUAUUCUUGGUGUCAUUGCCAGAGUUCUUGAUGAUGGUAUCUUGAGUUUUCGUCUUCAAGAUAUUAGUGCUGAACAUUUGCAAAAGACGUUUGUUGAUACACUUGGUAUCCAAAAUUCCACAGAGCAAGCUUUUGAAAUCGUGAAUCGUAUGGCGAGACAUGCUCUCUUAGAUCCUGUGGUAUCGUCCAUCGUAGGCAUACCCACUGAAGAUAACAUGGCUAGAAUCAUUGUUAUGCUUGCAAAGGCUCUUUCUGAACAUGUGUCUGUUUCUAUCGAAUGA